AUGCCUCGCUCAAAGGAAGGAUACCUCUGGACCCCAACCCACUCCACCGAAGGACUCCCAACAGACGCCGUCCAGGGCAGCUCUACGACUAUCCAGUCGGGCUACGAUGUGAUCGUGAUCGGCGCAGGGUUCGCAGGGCUCAUUGCCGCACGCGACCUCAGCCGCAUGCACCAGCUCAAAGUGCUCCUCCUGGAGGCGCGCGACCGCAUUGGUGGACGCACCUGGACCGCCCAGGUGCUGGGCGAAGAAGUCGAGAUGGGCGGCACCUGGGUGCACUGGGACCAGCCGCAUGUGUACAACCAGCUCCAGCGGUACGGGCUGCACGGGCAGCUGAAGACGUCGGUGGGGACGCUGGCGCCCGCGAAGCAGCUCUUCCGGCCGGCGUGGGGUGCCGUGGAGGAAGUGUCGAUUGAGGAUGUUGCGGCGGUGGUGCAGCGGGUCGCGGAGCGGUUCUUUACGAUCGAUGGGUUGGAUAGUCGGGCUCUGAUGCCGUAUCCGCAUGAUCCGCUCCGGGCGCCUGCGGCUUGGAAGCGGUACGAUCAUUUGAGCGUGAAGGACCGGCUGGAUCAGAUAAGGGACGUUUCGGCGCGCGAGAAGGCGCUGUUCGAGUCGAACGUGAGUACGUUUGGGAGUGCCCCCGGGAAGGAGAUUGGGUUUGUGGAGGCGCUGCGGUGGUAUGCUUUGGGCGGCCAUUCUAUGGCGGGGGUGUUUGAGAAGGCCGGCAUCUACAAGCUUGGGGGAGGCGGGAUGACGGCCUUUGCGCGGGCCAUUCUGAACGACUACCAGGGCGACUUGUUAUUCAACACGACGGUCGCCGAGAUCCACCAUGUCGGGGACGGCGUUGCGGUGCAGACGUCCCAGGGACGGACGUUGCGAGCUAGGGCUGUUGUGUCUACCAUUCCGCUAAACUGUCUGGGCAAUGUUGUCUUUGAUCCGCCCCUGUCGCCUGCUCGACAAGCAGCCAUCGCGACAGGACAUAUCAACGCAGGGGCCAAGAUCCACUUCAAGCUGCGGGACACCAUCCCCGGAUGGUUUCACACGGCAGAUGGGAGCGGCGAUUCAAGUUUCGUGUUUGCCUUUUCCGACCACAAUGGGACACAGGCGUCAGGCCCGGCUGGCACCUGGUGCAUCGGGUUUGGGUACAACGGCCAGCUGGCGGACAAGAAGGAUAACCGGCAUAUUGUGGAUCGGUUUCAGAGGGACGUUCUUCCUACGGCGGACGUUGAAGGCUACGCGACGCACGACUGGAUGAAUGACCCUUACGCGAAGGGCGCGUGGGCAUGCUGGGGGCCGGACAGUGCGUCUCGAUAUCUGGAUGCGUUGCAGAAACCGCACGGACGAGUGGUGUUUGCGAGCGCGGACUGGGCCGACGGGUGGAGAGGGUUUGUGGAUGGAGCGAUUGAGCAGGGGCAGGUCGCGGUGCGGGAAGUGAUGCAUUUGCUGGGAUCGCGGGCGAAGUUGUGA